UGAAGAAAGAUAAUAUAUAUUGAUUAAAAAUGUCAACAAAAAACAGUAAAAUCGACCAAAAUAUCACGGAUAGAAGAUUGACCAAAUUGUAUCGGACAUGACAAAUCUUUCAUUUUAUAUGUGUAUAACCAUAUUCUAUUGCCGAUAAUAAACAAUUUGUACGAUCCGACAGUCAUUAUGAUACAAUACUACGAAACAUAAUUCUUUCACCCAAUUCUCUAUCGCUUCUCUUAAAUUUUAUAUACCAAACUUUUUUAGUCUUGACAAGAGAGCAAAAGCUUAUAAAGCUACAUAUCAUACUAAUGGGAUUUCCAUCUUUCUACAUGACUGCCACAAUAUAUGAUACGGUCCCCCAAAGUCUAGAAAGCAAAAAAACAACUCUCUAUUCAUCUUCCCACCAUCCCAUUCCCCACUUCAGAGAAAGAAAGAAAAGAAAAAAAAAAAAAAAGAAUAUCACCAUUGCAAUUCACCAAUUCUAUGCCCCCAUCUCCCCGUUGUCGUCCAUUCUACACUAUAACUAAAUCUACUUUGAUGAUCCGAUUGGGUCUCUCCACUUUUGUCACUUAUAAUAUUGACCUAGCCAAGUUUGAUCGUCCUCUACAAGAAAACAUUACUAAUGUUAUCCAGAAAUGCUUAUAUAUAAAAAAACCAGCACUACCCACAAGCCAUUCACAUUCUUCAAAACCCCACUUUCUCUCUCACUUUGCUAAGCUAGCGGUCGAGCUCUUUCUUUAGUAAUGCCUCUCGCAUUUGCAUACCAAGUUUGCCUACUUCCACUACUGCUGCUUCUCCCCUUCGUCGGCGGAUCCUCUCACGACGAAGUUGAUCACCUUCACCAGAUUGGACAGAGCAGUCACAAGAUCUCCAGAGACAGCAUCCACAAACUACUGGUUAAGGAUGAUAAGAAGACAUCCGAUAUUGCGCUUCAUGGGAUUCUGCUGUGGGUUUCGAUGGGUGUGCUGUCCCCUCUUGGCAUCCUCACCAUCAGGCUGUCCCUUAGAGAACAGGGCAGCAAACGCAGAGUCUUCUUCUAUCUCCACAUUGUUUUCCAGGCACUUUCGGUACUUCUUGCAACUUCAGGAGCUAUAUUAUCUAUAAUAUCGUUUGAGAACAAGUUUGACAACAACCACCAGAGAAUCGGCCUUGCUCUUUACGGAGUCGUUUGGUUGCAAGCGGUCCUUGGAUUCUUGAGGCCUCGCAGAGGGAACAAAAGGAGAAGCACCUGGUACUUUGCCCAUUGGGUACUCGGAACAGUGAUCUCUCUGGUUGGGAUCAUCAACGUUUACACAGGGUUAGAGGCUUACAAGAAGAAGACCUCAAAAGGGACAAGGCUGUGGAGCAUAAUUUUCACAGCUCAGGUCUCUUUCAUGGCUUUCUUUUACCUUUUCCAAGACAAAUGGGAUUACAUGCAAAACCAAGGAGUGAUGUCAGGGCAUAAUGAUCAUCAAGAUCAAGAAGGCGCCGGCGGUGCCAGUAGUAAUGCACAGAUCGUAAGCCAGAAGGCGCUGGUGCCUCUGCAGCAGCCAUCUCGUCCUAAGCGCAAUGCACUGCAGAACUUAUUUGAAUAGCUAUAUAUAUAUAUAUAUACAUACAUGCUGUUAAAAUCAUAUAUUAUUUAUGUGUUGAUAAUGGUUAGAGACUUAUAGAUUAUAUUUUGGUUUGAUUUUGAAUAUUCUUUUGGUGAAAUUUCUGCUUUGUUUUUUUUUUUUGGAUGGGGGCUUGCUUAAAUGGAUACCUAUAUAUAAUACUCUUAUAAUUAUUUUUUUUUGACGCUUGCACUUUGUCAAUUGGUGGCUCUGUGGAAUUCAAUUGAUGGAGUUCAGGCAUCAAAAGCUUUGGAGAAACCAUGCUUGUAGGUAAAUUGGUCAUUGGUUGAUGUGUGCCAGUUAUUAUGAUUAGAGGUUUUCCUAUUACAGAGAGCAUGUGUUAAUUAUUAUAUGUUUAUACUUGUAAUAGAAAAAUCAAUGAAUUGCAUUGAUUUUG